AUGACCACCCACGUGGGCCCUCAGACUACACUCUUGCAUCAAACCGGGCAGAUAUCUGCGCUGAUUGCGGGAGAAGCUGUUCAGACUUGUGAAGCGAGUUCUUGCCAGAUGUCUGGGACGCCGUUUCAACAAUGGACAUAUGUUACGGAGGGUAGAUAUACCAACGCCAGAACCCAUCCGUCCGAUGAAGAUCGUCGGAGGCAGACAACAGUCUCAAACCCUCGAUACCUAGCACAGGAGCCACCUCGUUUCCUCCUGCCUACAGCCCAGAAUAACGCGCCGACAAUGUCGCAAAGUGCAACUUAUUCCACGCUUCCGGUACAGGGAUUUCCAGAACAAAAUCGGGUUCUGGACAACAGAAGCGAUCCCAAGUAUGGGCCUCUUCCAGCAACUACGGGUUCUUUGGCACAGUAUAGUAUUCAGCGGCCGAGCACAUCGAGGAACAUGGAAAAUGCAGGCUCUUCAAGCUCGUACUAUGAUGCUCCAAGUUGUAGCCGCGGUUCCGUGGGCUCUAUUGGUCGAAUGAACGACUUGGACUCGCAAUAUAGUGGCUCUACAACGGCGUUUCCUAGCCCCGUUCACUCCGACAGUAGCCCCAUCUAUCCAGCAAUAGCGCCGAUUUCAGGCUACCAGCAGCAGUUACCCAUUCACCAGCGACAUACCACAUCCAGCAUGCCGUCGGGGUUUGAGAAUCUGCUUCAUCACCAUUCAACAUCACCGUCCCCUCCACCACGAUGCGCAAGCUCCUCCUCCCGCUACCGCCUCUUCAUAAGACAACAACCCCUAGCCGCACGCGCCUGCGGUGCUGGCGAUAGAGACCGACGGCCAGUUGACCCGCCUCCAAUCAUUCAAUUACUCCUCACAGAGUUCAACCCCAAUUCUGAAAAGGACAGAUCUAUCCUUCAAGAUCCGCGGUUUACUGUUGGAUGUCUUCUGUACCCUGUCCGGAAUCCUUCCUAUCUACCGGGUUCAGGCUCAGGCGCAGGCUCAUCGGACACGAACACAAACUCCAAUGACAAGUCCCGCCAUGAAUCUAUGAGUUCGUAUUCUCAACUCGGUAUCAACCUAGAAGACAGCCACGCCACGGGCCAAUCGACUCCGCUCCUCUCAGGAAAAGCAUUUGUCUCCCCCUUCUUUGUAGAUGAGGAACCAGACCCCAACACCGCACCAGCUCACCCCUCCAGUACAGAUGACAGCACAUACGAUGCCAGUCCUCGAACCGUCACGCACAGAUUCCGCAACAGACCCUUACCAAAACCACCGGCAUGCUUCUUCAUAUUCUCCGACCUAUCUGUGCGCACAGCAGGGCUGUACCGUCUGCAGUUCCGACUAAUGAAUUGGGGAUCCAUAGAAGACACGGGGCAGUCCAUGCCUAUUCUUGCGGAAGUCUGGUCUGAACCGUUCCGCGUGUGUGCGGCCAAAGACUUCCCUGGGAUGCGGGAUUCAUCGCUCCUUACGUUGCGGCUGAAAGAGUUGGGAUUCGUAGAGUUGAAGACGAGAGGUCAGGGGAUGGGCAAGGGAAGAAGGGUUGGGAUUGGGAGUUCGAAGGUAUCUUCGAGGGCUCGAGUUGAAUAG